UUUACGGUGGAUAGGAAUCCUCACGUUAGGGCAUUUUUUUUUCUACCCGAAAACUUCUUGUGCGCAGCCAAAGGGACGCAUGCUGUGCACUGUAUCGGACUGACUGCGCCCACAUAAUCUCAGUUUACAAUGUCAUAUACACUUCGAGAAAUGCGAGUUCUCGUUGUGUCGGCUGUGCGUCAUCCGCGCCUGAUUAGACUUUUAGUGUGACGUCGCCAAGGACCAUUCAAGAAAAACGCCUCAUAGAACACUGAAUAUUUAAAUUCUCUCUUUUUUUUCUCUCCCACCAACGUGAACUAAACCAUCCGGAGUGACGAAACACAUUUUUUUUCCACGAAGAUUUGCAUCAACAAGUUGCCUUCAGUGCGUAAUAGCCAUUUGAGCGUAACGCGCGACAACACGUGACGAACAAGCCGCAAAUAUUUAUCUUUUCUUUCAAAGAGAAAUAAGAUCUUGCCUCCCCAUGGAAACACAUCUUGUCCGAUUACCGGUCGGUUUUGAAGGCGGACCGGGUCCAUGCUUCACCGCGUCUCCAGAUGCUCGGCUGUCCGCCACAUGGUGAACUUUGCGCACACGCCACCCUGGAAAGAGGACGCGUAGAGAAGAGAUCUGAAUGAAUGGAACUGAGAUCUUUUCGCAGUCCUCUUCUCGGCUCCCCCAGACUGUUGUAUGUGUUUUAUAUCCAGCUGGUUGAAGGUGGUAUCCUCCAUUCGCAUCGGCAGAUAUCACGUCAGACAGGGGUCAACAAAUGUCGAAGAAAAGGAAAAGUCCUGACGACAGGGGCUCGGGUGGAUCCUCACCCGCAGUGUGCAGCGAUCAAGGUUUGACAGAUGACAAAGUGAAGGCCUACCUCUCACUGCACCCACAGAUGCUGGAUGACUUUGUGUUGGAAAGUGUGAGUGCGGAGACGUUGGACAGAUGGCUGAAGAAGAAGACCACCAGCAGGCCUGCAGAUGACACAUCAGCAAAAGAAGUCAGCAGGCAGUACCAGGACACAAAUAUGCAGGGUGUGGUGUACGAACUGAACAGCUACAUGGAGCAGCGUCUAGACACUGGAGGAGACAACAAACUCCUGCUCUAUGAGUUGUGCAACAUCAUCAAUACAGCAACUAAAGCUGAUGGAUUUGCACUUUACUUCUUGGGAGAAUGCAACAAUAGUUUAUGUUUGUUCACUCCGACGGGGGCCAAAGAUGGCCAUCCAAGCCUCAACACUUCCCUUCCUAUUGCAGUUGGAACAACCAUUGCCGCUUAUGUUGCCAAGACUCGCAAAACACUGCUAGUAGAGGACAUGACGGGGGAUGAGCGCUUCCCCGACGGCACAGGGCAGGACUCAGGGAUCCGUGUUCACUCUGUCCUGUGCCUCCCCAUCCUCACUGCCAUCGGGGACCUCAUCGCCAUCCUGGAAUUGCAUCGAUACUGCGGCAAGGAGCCCUUCAGCCUCAGCCACCAGGAGGUUGCAACAGCUAAUUUAGCAUGGGCAUCAGUUGCCAUUCAUCAAGUUCAGGUGUGCAGGGGCCUCGCCAAACAGAGGGAACUCAAUGACUUCCUACUUGAUGUGUCAAAAACAUACUUUGAUAACAUUGUGGCAAUAGAUUCUCUACUUGAACAUAUUAUGAUAUAUGCAAAAAACCUGGUGAAUGCAGACAGGUGCGCACUCUUCCAGGUAGAUAACAACAACAAAGAACUGUACUCUGACCUGUUUGAUAUUGGAGAGGAGAAAGAAGGCAAACCUGUCUUUACGAAAACCAAAGAAAUCAGGUUUUCUAUAGAGAAAGGAAUAGCUGGUCAGGUGGCUCGUACAGGGGAAGUCCUGAAUAUCCCAGAUGCCUAUGCAGACCCAAGGUUCAACCGAGAGGUGGACCUCAAAACUGGCUACACCACACGGAACAUCCUGUGCAUGCCCAUUGUGAGCAGAGGGGCAGUUAUAGGAGUGGUGCAAAUGGUGAACAAACUCAGCGGAAGUGCCUUCACUAAAACAGAUGAGAACAACUUUAAGAUGUUUGCUGUCUUUUGUGCUCUGGCCUUACACUGUGCAAAUAUGUACCACAGGAUCCGGCAGUCUGAAUGCAUCUACAGAGUGACGAUGGAAAAGCUCUCAUAUCAUAGCAUCUGCACAUCAGAGGAAUGGAAGACCCUGACCCAGCUCAACCUCCCUGCACCCAUUUAUAAAGAAAUUGAAAUGUUCCACUUUGACAUUAGUCCUUUUGAAGAGAUUUGGCCUGCUGUUUAUAUCUACAUGAUUCAUAACUCCUGUGGAAAGAACAGCUUUGAGUUGGAGAAGCUUUGUCGGUUCACAAUGUCUGUACGGAAGAACUACCGCCGUGUGCCGUACCACAACUGGAAGCACGCAGUGACGGUAGCACACUGUAUGUAUGUCAUCCUACAGAAAACAUCUGGGUUCUUCACAGAGCUGGAGAAGAAAGGUCUAUUGAUAGCCUGCCUAUGCCAUGAUCUUGACCAUCGGGGCUACAGCAACACAUAUCUGCAGAAGUUUGACCACCCACUGGCUGCUCUGUACUCCUCCUCCACCAUGGAGCAGCAUCACUUCUCUCAGACAGUCUCCAUCCUGCAGCUGGAAGGGCACAAUAUUUUCUCCAACCUAAAUUCCAGCGAGUACGAGCAUGUACUGGAAAUCAUCCGGAAAGCGAUCAUCGCCACAGACCUAGCCCUGUACUUCAACAACCAUCAGCAGCUGACUGAGCUGCAGGGAUCAGGAGUGCUGGACUUGAACAACCACCUACACAGGGACUGUGUGAUUGCUGUGAUGAUGACAGCCUGUGACUUGUGUUCCGUUACCAAGCAAUGGGAAAUCACACGACUCAUAGCCAAUGACAUCUACGCUGAGUUCUGGGCUGAGGGAGAUGAGAUGAAAAAGAUCGGGAUACAGCCAAUUCCCAUGAUGGACAGAGACAAGAAGGAUGAGGUUCCCCAGGGGCAAGUGGGAUUCUACAAUGCUGUUGCCAUUCCAUGUUACACAACACUAUCACAACUUUUCCCUCCAUCCAGUCCUCUUUUAAAAGCCUGCAGAGAGAACUUGAGCCAGUGGGAGAAGAUAGUUCGAGGAGAGGCGGAGGACAUUCUCCUCAGAGAACCCAGCCAUUCUACUGAUUCAGGUCCAGUCAAGGUGGACAACUAACAACAGUACCAAAGGGUCUCUGGCCCCACCCCCACCCACCCACCCUCAAAGGAAUACAACCUGAACACUGCCACAGACCUCGAUCUGUGCAGUGGAAGAAGCCGCAUCCUGUAAUAGCAGGAGCUGGAACAGCUACAGGCGACUUUGAUAAAACACAGUUACCUCAGCGGGGUUUCACCAACGGUUUCACCAAUCCCAGAGACUGACGGACAUUUGACGGGGAUACAGUCUACGUCCCUUCAGCUUGGGAGUUCAUUAUAUAGAAUUGGACUUUCUUGCCAUUUUGGAUAUUUGGGUUUUUUUUUUUUAGGAUUUUUUAUUAUUAUUAUUAUUGUUAUUAUUAUUUUAUUGUUUUGGUCUUGUGUUUGCAGAGGCCUUACUUUGAAUCCGUCACACACGAGCAUGUGUGCAAAUUUGCUGUGGGUUCAGGCUUUUUGGAAUUUGAAAUGGUACUGUUUGCCUUCUGUGGUGAGUUUAUCAUACGUGUCUCCAGACCGAUGGAAUGUUUUGAACAGACAGACGGUGUAAUCCCACCUUAUAGACACAGCAGGCGUCAGAAUGUUUUCUUUAGUUUUUUGCAAAAAUCCAUUAGAGUACUUGAAUAAAGACAUGCAGCCUUGGCUAUGUGGACAUUGCAGAAGUUCCCCACAUCUAAAAUAUGGAUGAAGUGUGAGGAGAAAAUAAUCAGCAACACAGUCGAGUCACGUGAGAAUCCUAAUAUUUCUGUGUGAAGUGGCCAACUGGCACCUGACGAUGGGAUCUGGCCCAGUGAAAGCAAACAAAAUUUUUAGGGCAUCUAAAAAGAAUCAUUAAAUAACACUGGAAUUAUAGCAGUCAGUAGUGUGGGCACAGCUAAACUUAAAAAAAAAAAUAGCUUUAAUAACCGCUAAUCCACUAACUGGAAAGUUGGCGAAACCAAUAAACCGUUAAAAUAUUUCGCCAAAGCCAUUGUAAACUUUUAUUAUACACAUACAGUGCCCUCCAAAAGUAUUGGGCCACUUGAUAUUUCACACAUUUUAAUUUGCUUAUGCCAUUUCAAAUCCAAAAAGUAAAUCAGUCUUCUUUGUAUAAAAAUUUUGAAUUAUCUUCCUUCAGAUCAAACUGAAAGCAAAUCUCUAUAACUUGAUAUAAAUGAGUUAAAAAGAAAUAUAAAAGCCAAGGUGAUGCUUUGCAUAAGUAAUGGUAUAGAGGAAGAUUUUCUUAAAAAGAAGACCUGAAAUUUCAGUUACAAUUUGCCAAAAGGUCCGUCUGAGAUGCAAGCCAAGAUUUGAUGUUUUGGUGAAAGAAAAUCCUCCUCUGUUUGUUUAUUGGCUCUAAACCUCUGAAAAACAGACCUAAAGAGCUGACAUUUUAAUGUGUUAUAGUGUAUGAAGGUUCCACAUGAUGAGCAAAAGUACUUAAAUAAUUAAAUGAACAAAUAAAAUUAAAUAGUAGCUUGCAUUCAGCAUGCAGUUUUUUUACAGUACACAAAGUAUUCAAUGAAAAAGAAAUUAAAUUAAAAAUAUAUAUACAUGGAAAAUAAUUCUAAUAAUCUAGUUAAUGCAUUCAAGGUCAUGCUUGAUGUCUUCACGCUAUGUGUGUAGUUUGUAAGCUCCAAAAGGAACAAACAUAUAGUUGUAGGGUUUACAGAUAAUUUUUUUUGCCAUUAAACUUCUUUAAAUUAGCUUAUAGAGUUAAAAUUAGUGGGACUACAUUAAGUGGAAGCUAAUUUGGUCUUUCUGGAACCUAUGGUGCAAGACACAUUUGGUGUUUGGUCUCAGUGGCAGAUGUGUCAACUUGAGUUAACAUUGUUUUAACGUAAAAUCUAAGUGUCAAAAAACUAGUACUUGAGCAACCAAAGUAAAAAUAAAUAAAUCAGGAGCAAAUUUGUGGAUGUCAACAAACUUUCUGAAUGAACUCAAUUAACUUGUCUUUUCCACUCUGGUUACUGCAAACAGCAAAAAAUCCCAACACCUGCAUUAAGACCUUUAAGAGAUGUUGAGCUCUAAGAGACUGAGUUUCACAUAUCUGUUCAAAGCUAAGUGAAUGAGACCAAACUCACGCCCUACCUACAAGGACAUAUGGGUCCCUGAAACAGGGGAAUUAGUCUGGGAAUGGUUUUAAAAGAUAGCUGAAAGGGUAAUAUGCUAACGAAAAAGUUAUUUUUGCUAAUUAAAAUGUAAGUCCUAUGCAGGCCCUGCUGGUGCUUAUUGCCAGAUUCCAUAGCAUGGGAAUCUAUUACUCCCCCUGGAUGGGGUUUAUUUCCCCAGCCAAGGCUGGUACCCAUUUACAGCUGGGUGGACUGAAACAAUGUAGAUCAACUUUUUCGUCCAUGUACAGACAGGUAGCAUCAGCGAGACUCAAAACCAGGUCUACAUAUUGGCAGGUCAGCUUCUUAUCUACUCAGCUACCUGCUCUACAGUUGUGAGCUAAUUCGCUGACCUGUGCCCACCACUGGCAAGUAGAACAUCUUAUGUAAUGCCUAAAAAGAUCCUUGUCAUCUGGGGACGAAUCAUGGGAUGAAUGAUCCAUAUCAUGUGAUAUGGAUCAUUCGUCCCAUUUGCCAUUUUGUUCCAUUUAACAUGCAAUUUUGAUUCCGUUUACUGUGCAAUUUUGGUUCCAUAUGUUUUGCACCAUUGCAAGGAUCUGUGUACGCGCUAUAUAUAAAAACAAAUAGUGAUGGUUUUUUAUUCAUGCAAUGGAAAGAACAUUUCCGUCAAUGAAAGAUUCUUACCAUUGCAUUCAUAAACGUUCAUUAAUUGUAUAACAUGUUGACUAAUUUCUACUCCUAUACCUUAAUUUCUUUGAAAUAUGACAUGAAUCAGAAUUUUAAAAAAGCAAAAGUUGCAGAAAUUAUGGGUACCACAAAAGUUUGCUUGACACCAGUCUUUUUAAAUGCUGACUAAAUUAACUGUGUGGUACAAAUGAGGACAUAAUUAAAGCAGGUUGAAGAGUUGCACUAUGCAGUUGGCAAAGUCUGGGAGGUUUUCUCGUUUUGGACAACCAUUAGUUUAAACAUUAGUCCACAUUCUUGCAAGUUCAUAUAAAAUAUUAAGGACAGUGAAACUGAACAUUUUGGUUUGUUUGUUUUGUUUUUUAUUUCAUCGUUGAUGCUCAUCACAGCAGCUCAACACAAAAUCGCUUCAAACUGAGAUUAGACCUUUUUUCCCCAAAGCCUAAGGUAGAAACUUUUAUUGGUGUCUAUUUUUCUUAUACUAAAGUAUAAUGACUGCGAGUUAAGAAAGUGUGUCAUGCGUCUAUCUCUGGGACUGCAGAUCAAGAGGGUUAACUGACUAUUUGCAGAUGACCUAUCAAAGGAAAUCUCCUGUCAUGUUCACAUGUGAGGGAUAUAUUUGGACUAGUUGAAAUUCAUUUCCAAGAUCUUCCAAGACAUUUUUUUUUUUGUGAGUUGUCUGAAACUGUUAUACUAGUGUAAAUUUUCCCUGUGCAAAGUUACCGCUAAAAUCAUUUGUUGAAUUACUGAUACAGUGGCCCCAAUGGUGUGAAUGUACAUUUUGAUGAAUGUUUUGUGGAAUGCAAAUCUCGGGUUGUGGCAUGUGGAUUAGUAUGUAAUAAUGUGGUCCGUCUUCGUUUUAAGAAUUGCUUCUAGUAAGCAACAACAGCAUGCACCUUCAAUGGACGUUUUGCUAUAUACAGUACUCACACACACACAUACACACACACACACACAAGCAAGGGGGUCUAUUGUGCACAAUUUAGAAAGUGGUUUGUACUGACAACAUUGUAUGCUAUGAUAGUGCAAUACAGAAUGACAGUCAUGUACUUUCUGACUGUGUACACUGUGAGUGUACAUGAGCAUGUGUGUGUGUGUAUAAGAAAGACAGAGAGCGAGCUUUUCACUGUCUCUUUCCCUUCUCCAACUCCACCUGAACACAGUUAAGUCCAUGUCACAGCACCGUCCCUUCUUUUAUUCAGCACCACUUAUAUCCCAUCGUCUGCACUAUGUUUACCUUAUGAACUUUAUUAUUAUUAUUAUUGCUAUUAUUACUGUUGUUAUUUUCUUAGAGUUAAAGUUAAAUUAACUUAUAUUUUUUAUACAAAGAGAAAUAAUGUUGGCCUUUUGUUUUGUACAAAGUAAGAUAAACCAAAAAAAAGUCGACGCGUUACUGUUACCCAGAAUAACUGAGGAAUGUCUCAUCUAUAAAGAUAAUAGCAGUAGCCCAAAUGACUUUUAAUAAAAAUCACAAAAUA